CUAGGAUUCUGCACGAAAGAGUCCAGUUUAUUUAUUUUUUAUUUUAUCCUCUGGAAGUAUACCUAUAAUUAAAGCCCAGAAAAGAUCUAACGGUUCCCCUCACCUUUCUUUCAAAGGCUAAUCGCUAAAAAAGAGGUGCGCUUCUUGGUGCGCAAUCCUCCCGUUGAGACUCCACCGACCUGCGCUCUGAGCGUCCACUGAGCAGAUAAACGAGAGAAAAUAGAGGCGAAUCUUAUUAACUUUGCGUGCUCAAGGAGAAAGAGUGGAAUCUGUCAUUACUGCAUACCCCCGGAAGUCUGGGAUAAACUUGAUCAGCAUUGAAUAUUUGCAGCAGCUUGGAUAUCUGGAGGAAGCGGAAUGAAUCCUUUUUAAUUUGGCCCAAAGAAGAAUGAGGCAGAUUGCUUAGAAAUUGCAUGGAGCUCUAGUCUGCAAUCAGGAACACUUUAUGCGCCCACCCACCCCACGCUUCCACAGCAUGCAGGUGUGUGUUUAUCACUCUGGACACAGAGCUGAGAGGCGAGCAGCUGUAGGCGUGCUUCCCAAUUAAAACUUCGGUUGUCCGCAGAACUCCCCCGGCUGUAGAACUGUGUCCACCUCGCCAUGCUGGCCUGUCUGCAGAGGAGGCAGAACCCUCCACCCCAGCACCCGGUGUGUGCCAGCAAGAACUUGGAGCCGCCGCAAGUCGUUGCACGUAAAUGUGACCUGGUGGUACCGUCACCUUCCUCUCGGUACCCAACAGCAGCAGAACUUGAUGCUUACGCUCAGAAGACAGCAAACAGCCCACUGUCCAUCAAGAUCUUCCCCACAAACAUCAGGGUUCCCCAGCACAAGCACCUUAACCGGACUGUGAAUGGAUAUGAUACCACAGGGCAACGCUACAGCCCUUACCCCCAUCUCCACACAGGAGGGUACCAGGGUCUUCUCGCCAUAGUCAAGUCCUCAUCAUCAUUAUCAUCAUCUUCAUCAUCUACCUUUGGUCCUUCAAAAGGUGUUCUCAAGAACUCAGAAGGCAGACGGACUAAACUGUCUCCUGCUCACAUUGCUGUGGCUCCAUACCCACCCCCUAAUAGUAGCACUUUAGCCAGCGGUCAUGGUCAAAUGGUUUACCACUCUGGGCCAACAAAGCCUCCAGAAGGCCCCGGACUCUCAGUUCCCCCAAACGUCACUCUGGCUGGCUCUGUGAUUCCUGUAACAGGGGGCCGAGGCCUGUCCCUGCCUGCACAGUCUAAUCUCCCCUCCAUCCAAAGUAUCAUCUAUCAGAUCAACCAACACUGCCAGGCUCAGGCCCUGCAGCAGGUGUGUCAGGGGACUUCUACCGCACCAACAAAUUCCAGCCCCUCCAAGCACGUCACAGCAGUCAUGGGGGUUGGUUCAAGCUCCUCUGGUGGAGGCUACGUUGUAGGCAUGGCUCCUCAGGCUAACAUGGUGUACACAGGAUCGGGGCUACCCACUCAAAGCGCAGAGGUAAUGAAAAGUGGUGUAUACACAGAGGGUAUGGACUAUAUCCUGUGGCAGAAACAGCAACAGCAACAACAACAUCAACAGCAGCAGCAACAGCAGGCCGUCCUCCGCAUGUACAGUGGAGGCAGCGGAGGAGGGGCUGCCAUCAGCAAGUCGCCUGAAACCUGUGUCCUUGGUGGGGGGAUUAUGGCAGCUCAGGUGUCCUCUUCCUCCUCCUCCAGACCUUUCCAUCUGACAGCCAGUGCCAGCGGCGGAGGUGGGCUGGACAAAGUGAGCUCUUCCCCUUUGAACUGUGUGGGUAUGCAUGGGAAUUUCUCAGUGGGUCAGUACUUUGCACCACCAUGGAAUAGUGUGCUGGUUACACCCGACAGUGACUGCUACAACCCCCAGGAACUCCUAGGCACUUCAACGGGAGGUCCAACAACGGGUCACAGAGAAAUGGGAUAUCCUCACCACCAUCACCAUUACCACCACCACCACCAUCACCCCGCAGUUGACAGCGGUGGGGGUUUGUGCUGCAGUUUGCCAAGCAAGAGCUUGUGCAACACCUCAGUGCUGAGCAGUAGCCUGCAGUCUUUGGAGUAUCUGAUCAAUGACAUCCACCCGCCCUGCAUCAAGGAGCAGAUGCUCGGUAAAGGCUAUGAGACUGUGUCUGUGCCGCGGCUUUUGGACCACCAGCAUGCACACAUCCGCCUUCCUGUUUACAGAUAGAACGGUCGGAGGGGAGAGAGAGAAGAGGAGGAAAUUAAUCAAGGAUUGUGAAUUUAUGAAGAAAAUCAAGAAAAACGGCAAUGUUACGGGACUGUUAAGAGUGCCACUGCUUUACGGAUCGUGGGAGCUUAGAGAAGAGCAGUUGCUGUGCUGUGUGACCUUAGAUUUGCUGGUUUCAAAGCAGGCCGUGGGGAUCCCUAACACAAAAAGGUAGUAGUUACUACCAGCGGGAUGGAAAAGGGAUUCCAAGAUUCUCCUGAUGUUCCAUUGUGUGGUUUGCCAAUAGGAUUUUUGGAUUAUUAAUGUUUUUUUUGUUUUUUUGGGUUGUUGUUUUAUCCUUUUAAACUGUUUUUUUUUUAAAUGAGAAUCAUAGCUUGACAUGAAGUGAGUACACCACUUCUUUCUCCUCUCCGAAUACUAAGGAUAAAGCUACUGUGUAGGUUGUCACUGAAAUGGUCUUAAAGGGCCGGCGCUUAGGGCUGCUUCUAAAACCCAAAACUAAGUAACAGUACACACAUCCAGAAGUGUGCUGAAAAUAAUAAGAAUAUUACUAGCAGCUCUAGGGUGUCCAAGGAUCACAAGGUUGAAUCUAAAAGGGUAGUACAAUUUUAGUUAUUGCUGUUAUAAUUGAUGAAUUAAUUGCACUGCUUGAAUUUUGUUAACUUUGAAGUUUGGAAUUGGGUAGUUGGAUAUGAUAUAUUUAAGAAACUUGAAAAACUUGAACCUAUUUUUGUUGUUUGAUAUAUUUGUAGGUAUAUUAUAUGUAUUGGCUGCUACAAGGAAAAGUGUCUCAACGUUUUUUUUAUUAUCUUAUUCUAUCGUUUUCCCUUUUUGUGUUUUUAUGAUUUCAAUUUUCCUCUUUAAGCUGAAGUGCAGUCUGUCAUGUUCUGACGCAAGGCAGAGUUGCUGCUUUGGUUCUGUAAGAACCUAAAAGAGGAGCUCUUUUUGUUUUCCUAACCAACACUGGAACCAACAUUAAAUCUCAAAACACUUAUUUAAAACAAAAUAUGUUGCAAAAAAUACAAGAAAAAGAAAUGUUACAGUGAAGAAUGUUACUAUGGGGUUAUAGGAAUAACCUUAAAUGUGCAGUAGCUUGUAAAGGUGUUGACGUUCCUUCCAGAUUUUUACAUUUUUUCACUGCACAACCCCAACUGUCAGUGUUUUUAUUUAGUUUUAUGUGUCAUAACCAGCAUAAAGUAGUGCUAAAAUGUGAACAGGGUCAAAAAUGGUAAAUGUUGCAUCCUAUUAGAAGUAAAAAAUCAUAACCAAUUUGUUCCUUUACAGGAAAAUAAUAUCCUUACAUCCUUAAGCUGCCACCACUGUUUCACCAUAAGAAUUGUUUAUUUAUAGUGAUAAUCAGUUUGCAUGUAAGGCUUCAACUUUAAUAUAUUGGGAACAUAUAAACUUGAUUUGAUGGGAUUCAUUUAUAUAUUUCCUUUAGCUUUCUAUCAAUAACUGUUUCCAUCCUGUCCUGACUGAUAAUAGGGUUUAUAGGAAGGUUGAAUUAAUAACACGGGACCUGUCUUUACUGUUAAGAUGUCUUUUAAAGACAGAACAAUAUCUUAAUGUUUCUUAUCCACAUCACAAUAUAAACUACUUUAUGUUGGUGUGUCAUAUAAAAUCCCAAUAAAACACUUUAAAGUUUGUGUUUGUAAAGUGACAAAUUGUUGAAAUGUCAUAGGGAGUACUUUUACGAAGCACUGUAUGUCGAAGCGUGUAUGCGGCAGAGUGCAUGUGUGUUUGUACCUUCUUAGUUUGUGUUCUUCAAAAAUCCUCAGACUUUAUGAUUUUCUUCAUAUUACCAGUGAGAUUGACCCACUGAUUCAACAGUCCCAUAAACAUUAUGACGGAGUUAUGUACAGGAGAUAACUGGCUCCUUUUUUAAUGGAGGCUUUAGAUGUUUUUUUUGCAGUCGGAGUCAUUUGACUCCUUUAAAGCUGCACUGGCAGUGCCGCUGAAAACAAAUAAUAUCAUGCUUUUUGGGGUACUUUGAUGUUGCAAACAAGUACAAAAUGAAAACAAUCAUGCCCUGUCUUUUGGCGUCAAAGGAAAAAAGACCAGACUGACUGCUUCGUUCUUUUUUAUUUGUUUUCCAUUUCAGCUCUGGGUGGGGAUGCAUUUAGCCCAGGCCAGUCUUAACUUGAUGAUUCAGAGCAGUGAAAUAUUCAUUAUGACUGUGAGAUACCCUCGAAUGUACUGCACUUAAAUUAUCACGAUAUUUUGUUGCCUUGUGGGACUCUAGCGGGUGAGAAAUAUUGUAUCAGUGCAGCAGCUCUCUGGUCUUAUAUUAGCAUUUCUUUUGUCAGUCAAAUUUCAGCGGCAAAUUGAAUUUAUUAACCGGAGAGUAGGAGAACGGGGAGCUUUGCUGUGGAGAAAUACUGGCAUCGGUCUAGAUUUAUGAAGUGCAAUUAUAAUGACUGUAUUAACAUUUUUUUCUCUGAGCUUACACCAAAAAAAAUGUAAACUACAGUUGUCAAUACAUUCCCAAUGUACCACAUCCCUAAUCUUUAUCUCUGGUUUCUUUGUUUUGAUUUGUUCUAAGGUGUAAAAUAAAUUUCUUUAAGAAUAUA